GAUGGACGUUCAGCCGCAGACUGUGUGUUCACUUCUCUCAUCUCGACUUGUCUGUACAUGUUCCAGCCGGGCGGGGGUCCGCGGGGCGGGGGACCGGGGGACCGGGGACCGGGGCCCGUUCAUGAAGCGGCCUUUAAAAGAGCCAGCGGCCGGGACCCGGUGAUCUGUCCCCGGUGAUGGAGGAACCGGAGCUGCCCGCUCACGACAGACGGUUCCACAGGUUCCGCAGGUUCCCGGUGUGGAUCAUAGAACACGUGUGGACUCACAGGACGAUGGACAUUCAGCAAGUUGUGGACCCCUCUGAUUGGCCAGAUGUGGACUCGCAGCCUCUGAGCACCGAGGACUCGUGGAGGCUGCGUGUUGCGUCUGCUCAGAUGUUCUGCAUCGUGAAGAACAGGGACAUGGAGCACUUUGAAAGAGUGAUGAAGUUUCUGGAAGCCACGUUCAGACUUCUACCCAGACUGGUGGCUCCCAUCAAACACAUGAAGAUCAUGUUUGGACUUAAAACCCUGGUCGUCAUGUGGAUGCUCAGACAGCGUCGAGGGAUGGUUGAUACUGUGUUUAAAAUCACCAAGUUCUUCCCAAAUAAACUCCCUCAAUAUCAGGAUCAGUGUAACCAACACGAGAUGUUCCUCAUGAGGAAGAACCAUCUGGACUUCAGGGUUCUAGCUCAGGCUCUCGCUAUGGACCAGGACAAACUGGAAUAUUAUGUCAAGAAACAGAUGCAGCAGCAGUACGGGGAACAUUAUGCACAGAAAGUCGAGGACAGGCUGCUGCAAUAUCUGCAGGAGCUGGAGGCUGCGUUACCUGGGGACACUUUCAUCGACAAGAUCCUGAAGAAGGAAAGUCCUGUUACUGAAGAGGAGAAGCUGCUGCUGGAUGUUAUCACAUCCGACUCCACGACCAUAGCAAUAACUCUGAGGAAGCUGCUGCACUGUGAUGCAGCUUCCUGUCGUCAGGCAUCAGAACACGGAGCGACUCAAGUGGAAAACUCUGGACCCACAAAGUGCGUUGUGUGCAUCAGCUCCUCAAAGAGUCUCUUCUCGUCAGUGGAAGAUAAAACUCCCCAAGAGUUCCAGCCUGAGGUUUUAAAACGAGAAGAUGUGGCAGCACAGGAAGUGUCUGGAGAGAGUCACAAUCAUCCAGAUGUUGGGAGACGUCUACAAUCGAAGGAGGGCGAUGAGAUGAUCAGUUGUGCUCAGGAAACCAGCCUGAGAGCGAGUGAAGCAGCUUCGUCUCCUCAGUUCUGCUCCAAACACCAGCGCUGGGUGAAGAGCAUCCUGCAGGAGUGUCCUGACGAGUGUUCAGAGGAGCUGCAGCUUCAGGCCGAGGCUCCCUCAUCUCCACCGCUGUUCCAGUUGUCCUCCUGCACCUCUUCAUCACAGGACCUCACCCCAUCUGACCUCAUCCCGUGUCCCCCCGACCGACAGCUCACACCUUCACAGACCGCCACCCGUCCUCCGCCAGCAUCAGAACAGGGGAACCUCGAAGACGAGCGGCGCUCUGGAUCAGCAAGUGCUGGAUCUCUGCCUCAGUGCUGCUCCAGAGACGCUCCUCUGCCCUCUCUGUUGUCCCCGGUCGUCAGCCUGAUGGACAUCACGUCUGUCAGAGGGAGCUGUCCCUUCCUCAAACCCCAUCAUGCCUCUCCAAAUACUUUUAUCGUGUCUCGAAACAAGUUGCCAGCUUCCACUCCUCAGGCUCUAACUUCUCCUCAAGACUGUGAAAGUGCUGCCCCGACAAAUCCCUCAAACACAACCAACAGAUCACAAACGUCUCCUGUCUCUCAUGAGGCUUCUACAUUUUCCAGCUGUCAAAAACCACCUCCUCAGACUUUUCUCAGACUUUCAUUAAAGCACAGACGAGCUUUAACUGCCUCCAGACGACCACAGACUCUGGAUGUAGCCGAGCAGUUCAAACCGGCUCCUGCUUCCCAUCGGCCCUUGUCCCACCUCCGUGUCUCUUCGCCUUCUGCACACGAGUCUUCUCCCUCUGCCUCUCGAUCUGAGGCUCUGUCCUCAAAUAGAAACCCUUCACCUCCCAGAUCGACUCGACAGAACAACAGUCCUCUUCAGUCGCAGAGUGACCCACGCACCGCUGCAUCCUCCUCCAACACUGACCACCCCUCUGUGAGGUCAGAGGCCCGCGGCGCCCAGCUGAGGUCAUCAGAGCGGAGUCGGGCCGUGCUGCUGCAGCCGUACGUGAGCCUGACCAGGCUGAGCGCUCAGGAGUGUCACCGACUGACCAGGAGCCGGCGUGUGGAGUCUGAGUCACAAGGCGACGAGGACAAAGUUUCUGACUCCUCUUUCGAUUUGAACAUUCUUUACUCCAGUCGUUCUUCCAGCGGCGACGAUUCGUUCAACUCUGACCCCGACUACAAACCUCCCGCUGAGAAGAAAAGACGAUGGUCAGAGUAUGAGGAGCAGAAAUCCUGAAUCGUGUUUGAGAAGAUUUUAGCAAAUGGAGAGUUUGAAAAAUCUCCUGUUUCCAACUGGGACAUUUCACUUUGUAAAAAUCGACUCCUCGAGGCUCCCUGGUGGACAAACUGUGCAAUCGUUCGACUGUUUACCUCAAACUAUAUCUUGUAACUUAUUGACUGAAAUAUACAAACCAGAAAUAUCUGUAUUUGUUAUUGAAUCUUCGUUUCUUUUCGCUCGUGCAGUUUCAUGCAGUCGAGCUCUUCAGUCCUUUCACCCACAUGGUAUUUUGGUUUGUCUGUAAAUAAGGUAUCAGUCUGCAUCCAGAAGCGUUUUUCAUCCUAAAAGUUCUCAUAAAACAUCGUAAACUAUCAUUUCUAAUGUGAGCGGCUUUUAGCUCCAGCUGUGCUUCGAGCUCAUUGACCAGGACGAGAGUUUGUUUUCAGUAAAAGUCGUUUUUUACGCCCAAAAUGAGAAACAACUGAUUGUGUGUGAAGCUCAUGACCAAGUUGUGUCCACUCGUCUGUUUCCUGUUGCAGACAUUGACCUGUCCUCCAGGGACCGCCCCCUCCGAGUCAGUCAGUCAGUCCAAUGGCACGACACCACACUGUGUGAGCAGCACUGGUUGAGACGUGCAUCCCUGGGGGUCAGCACAGAGGUCAACAGAUCCUCCUCUGUUUGCUCAUGUGUGUUUACAGAGGGCUGAGGCAGGGCGGUCUCUGCCUGAGGUGAAGUUAGGGCACUGCUUUUUGACCCGAGGGUUGAUUAGGAAAUAUUUACCUGAAACUUCCCAUGAGGCUGUUCAGCACAACCACAGGCGAGAAAUAAAGAUGGACGACGAGUUUCCACUUCUGCCCACUAUCGAGGCACGGAGCGUCUCCUGGAGUCGGGCUGAGCGGCAGCGAUUGGUGGACGGAGCCUCUGAGGUCCCAGCCAAUCACGAAUCAGUCUCAGCUGUCAUCAUGGAUUCUCAUAUCAUUAAUUUGUGUGCGUGUGUGUGUGUGUGUGUUGUGUUAUUUGAUGCUUUGUAAACAGGGUGACACGUCAUGAUUGACAGCUGAGACUCCACCGUCACUACAACACAGAUUCGGAUGUAUCUGAGAUGUUUUGGCCUUUGGAUUUUUGUACAAUGGAAGAAGCAGAAACGUGUUGGAACCAUAGACCGUUAAUAAAAAUGGGUAUAAAGUC